CUGAACGCUACCAAUAAGGUUCCUCCACUUCCAGUCCGGCAGUGACAGCAGCCUUUUUUCCCCCCCUUCAACUCUCCUCAGACUUUUUGUCCUGCUGUCAGCACCCUCUCCACCCUUGUAUUAUCCCCAGCGGUGAAGUCAGCAUGAUGUCAUCUAGGGAUGCGAUAGCUGUGGCAAGGUUGAGACAGGCUUUUUGGUGAGUGGUGGAGGAUUGAAUCUGAAGCGUUUCACUAGAAGGAGACAGAGAGGGGAAAAGAGAGAGAGAAGAGAGAGUGUGAGCGAGAGAGAGAGGCGCGGAGGAGCUGCAAAACAUGGUAAUCACCACCACCAACAUCACCAUCACCAACAUCACCAUCACCUCCAGCUCCAGCUCCAGCUCUGCCGUGCGCUCUCCUCCUCUGCACCGGGGCUUGCGUUUCAUGCCCAAAGCCCUGAUCUGCGCUCCAAAAAUAACCCUCAGCCAGCAUGCCGAAGGAAGCAAAACAAGAAGAGCGGUAUUUUUAGGGUCAUUAAUUUCGACCACGUGGCCCGAAGGUAAACCGGAUGGCCGUUGCGCAAAGGCUCCUCGUCAGUAUGUCCUGCGAGGCCGGCACGCCGCACUGGACGCUGACCGCGGUGGUUCUCCUGGGCUUUCUGCUGGGGAUCGUGUCAGCGUACCCUUUACCGAGCAGCCGGACAAAUGCAACUUUACUGGAGAAAAGAUGGGAGACCCUCUUCUCCCGCUCUGUACUGGGGAUCUCCGGGGAGAAACCGGAGCUGAACUGGGAGAGUGACUAUCUGCUGGGCAUCAAAAGAGUGCGGAGGCUCUACUGCAACGUGGGCAUCGGGUUUCACCUUCAGAUCCUUCCCGACGGCAGGAUAAACGGUGUACAUAAUGAAAACCAGUACAGUCUAAUAGAGAUCUCUACGGUGGAGAGAGGGGUGGUGAGCUUGUAUGGGGUGAAGAGUGAGUUGUUUGUCGCAAUGAACAGCCGUGGGAGGUUAUACGGAACGACAGUCUUCCAUGACGAGUGCAAGUUCAAGGAGAGCUUGCUCCCGAACAACUACAACGCCUAUGAAUCUCUGGUUUACAGAGGCUUCUACAUAGCACUCAGCAAGCAUGGCCGCGUCAAGAGGGGCAACAAGGCCACCACUGCCAUGACUGUAACGCACUUCCUACCCCGAAUAUGAGCAAAAACUGGCAAUAACAAACUUAUUUGCACAUGUGGAUUAUUUCCCAGGUAACAUAAAUACCGUGUACGUACAUAAAACACAAAAUGGACUGUAAAAGAAAGAAAUACCAUUAUAUCUUAUAGUAUUUAUUCAAACUUUAUAUGUAUAUUUGGGUAGCUUACUUUGAGUUAGAAAUUAUGGAAAUGCCAUUCUUUGCUGCUUUAUGAUUUUCAUCAUUUUGUAAAAGAAGGGGAUGGAGGGGCUUGGUUAGUCCCUUCGGUUUUUAUGGGUGCUUGCUGGAUUUGGUCGAGCGCUUGCCCUGCCAGUGGAUGACAGUUUGUUCUUUUGAAAAUGAUACCUUUUUAUUACCUCAAAGCACCAUAUCCUGGGAAAAAGAAGAAGAAAAAGAGAAAUGUGUGCAUGAAAUUUCUACAAAGAAGAAUGCCUGUUUACUGAAAAAAUGUUUUUUUUUUUUCUUUUUGUUGUUUAUCUAUUAAGGACAUUUCCCAUCCUUUUAUGUUCAAUAGUUAUUGUCUUGGUCACUGUCAGGGCAACCAGAGCAAAUAUGGCGGAGGUUUUUCUUGCUUUGUCAUGAGGUAGCGGUGCCUUGAAUUCCUACGUGCGGCCCCUUACCCUUGCAUGCGAGAAAUGUGGUGCUUGAGUCAGAAAUAGGAACGAAACGCAAGUCAUCACUCCCCUUAGACACCACCGGGGACUUUAGCCCAAUUCCUCGAGGGCCAGAGGUUUCUCUACUUUAUUUUCUUUCCGUAUUUAGAUCAAUUAAGUAAUUGAGACUCUAUGCUGCACAGGACCCAGUGGAGCCUCUUGUUAAAAUGGAAAGCUAGAUUUAGAAUCAGCACUCAACCCCCUCCUCCCUGUUUCCCCCAUCCCCCCCAUCAUGUCCAAGGGAGCUUUGACAAUCCCAUAUUUUACUUUUACAAAUUUUGUAGCCGGAUCAUCAGGCAAGAGUGAGCGAGAGUGUAUAUGUGCUGGUAUGCUUUUAUUUGGAGUAUGUAUGGAGAAGUGCUCAGUUUGAGAGCAACUUGAUUUGAAGGGGUUUUCUCUUGUGUCGUCAGAGGUAAAUGGGGGUUUAUGUGUAGCAGAAUAUCACAGACCUGACAAGUGGAAUAUGCUUAUUUCUAUCAGCGGUGUUUGUUAUGUUCUCCCCAGUUCUAAAUUGAGUUGGUCCAAUUUGUUGCAAUUAAUAUGUAGACCUUUGUAAAUGACUUAAGCUAAUUUAUUUCCUUUUCGAAAAUGAGUUUCAAGCAAAAGUGGUGACAGGAACUUAUGGUACUAUUUGGCACUUAGAGAAAGCAUUUCAGUGGAUGUCAUUGAUCCAUCUAUCUGUCUAAAAACCUAACUAUGUGGGUCUGCUGUAUUGAUUUAAAAUUGUGCAAAUAAUCCAGUUUGAUGAUGGGACAACUGGAAAUGCUUUAGAGUUCAUGAUUCUGGGAUUUGUGAACAAUAAUUCAGGUGACUCAGUCUGUUUGACACGUAGAAGAUGUCGAUUGUGCUUAUUGAUCGUAGAUUUUUAAGCUAUUUAUGCACAUGAGAGGAAGAAAAGAAUAUGAGCAAUGUUGUGUAAAGCGGUGAACCAAAGGGUCAUGUUAGCGUUGUUCUUUCAGGCUUUGCGUAUGCAGCAUACCAUACUUGAAUACUGCUCGCACAGGAGGACAAAGAGCAAGCAAAGUUGUGGAUAGCGAUGAUGUAUAGAGGACUUAUGUGCGACUCUGCAUGUGGCACCCGUUGUUGAUUUAACUUGGUGAGGAUGUGAAUAAUGCAGGGGAAAAUACCUGUGCAUGAACGAAGA